AUGGAGCCGGCCAGUGUGGAGAAUCUUCAUGUCCUCUUUCAGAGUGAUGAUUACAUUGUGGUGAACAAGCACUGGGACAUCCGCAUUGAUAGCAAGAUGUGGUAUGAAAAAAACACUGUGCAGGCCCAACUUCGCCACCGCUUCCCUCAACUAGCAGACCCUAGCACAUACUAUGGAUUCAGGUUCUGUCACCAGUUGGAUUUCUCAACUAGCGGCGCCUUAUGUGUAGCUCUCAACAAGGCUGCUGCUGGCCAGGCAUAUCGCUGCUUUAAGGAGCGUACCGUCACCAAGGCCUACAUUGCUCUGGUACGUGGAUUGGUGGAAAAAGAGAUACAAACACUGGACUACUCAAUUGGCAAGAACACUUCAGAGGGAAAAACACAUAUGAUGUGUAUUGAUGGAACAAACGGUUGUGAAAACGCCAAACCAUGCCAGACUUUGUUGACAGUGUUGGAAUACGGCUUGUAUGAUGGCGACCCAGUCACCAAGGUGCUGCUGCAGCCUCUCACAGGCAGAACCCACCAAUUAAGGGUUCACUGCAGCGCAUUGGGCCACCCAAUCGUCGGGGACUUCACCUACAGCUCAGGAGCCGACGAUGGACCCUUCCGCAUGAUGCUUCAUGCUCAUCUUCUCCACAUCCCUCUGAAACCUGAGCCCAUGCUCGUGUGCGCAGGGGAUCCCUUUCUGCCCUCAGUGGACUCUAAGUGGCUUCCGCAGCGUUCCUUGCGACCCCUGAAGACCACUGUGGACGCCAUGCUGGAGCAAAGGGUGGACGAACAGAGACGAGCGAAGAAGAUGGAGCGAGAACGAGAAAGACAGGAGGAGGAGAAAAGGAGGAACAAAUGCAGAAAAGGAGACACUGAACUGGAGAGGAGGCAGUGUGAGGAGUGGCUAAGAGAAUGGGCUGGUGUCUCAUAG